AUGGCACCAACAACCGCCAAAGCCAACUACAAGACCUACGAGGCCCAAGCCCGUAUGGUGAGAGCCAUCGUCGCCGCACACCCCGACGUAAAAUGGAACUACAAGGAAAUCGUCGCCUGCUACGGCUCCGACAUGACAGAGCACGCACUUAAUCACCGCUUCCGGCGCCUCAAGGCCCAGUCCCUCAUCAUCCGUCACGGCCGCACCCAAGGCUUCGACAUGAAGAACCUAGUCGUGGAAGAGGGGAUGCCAGCUUCCCAAGAUGCAGUUGACAAGAACAACAUUGCCAAAUACUUUGGCCAAUCUACCGCCGACGGAAUCCAGUUCCAGUUCCGGACCAUUAAAAAGGACGCAGACCACCUUCGUCAGGUACACAACUCGGGGGGCGAUGUGGCGAAUUGCCUACCCCUCGGAACGCCGACCAAAAGUGUCCGCACACCGGGGAGUCGUAAGCGCGGGCGAGACGUGAAGCCCAGCUCCGAUGAGUCCGAGGACGUCGAGAAAGACUGGAGCGAGGAGGAGACCCCGUCGAAGCGUGGUCGUGCGCUCCCAUCGGGCCAGAAGAACGGCGGGACGCGUAGGGCUGCUGUGCGGGCGAACGCUACUAUCGCUAGUGCCGCGGAGCAGGAUGAACAGGAACAGGAGCAGGAGGACGAUGGACAGAGGGCCAUUGCUGUGAAGGAGGAGUAUGUUUCGCUUUUUGGGGAUCCUGGUGCGGGGGGGAGUGCCGGUGCGUUUACGGAAUUGUCGACUGAUCCGGUUAUUUCGAGUACCAUGAACAUGAGCAUGUAUUCGGAUGCGUUUUAUGAGGGGGUGGGGGAUGAUUACCUCGAGGGGGAGAUUUAG